AUGGCGAAAACUGUCAACACGGCAUUCGGUGUUCAGAAUGUUGCAGAAGUAGUGUGUUCUUUCUUUAAUAUUGUGACAAACUUAUACAUUACGCUGGUCCACUUCCUGGGAGAUAGGGCACUGUCGUGUGGUGAAUCGACUGGACUGGUUCUGCUGGACUGCCUACCGUGGUCGGUGUUGUCAGUGUGGCGGCUCGUCAGCAUAGCGCAGAGCAGCGACGCCGUGGUCCAGGAGGCCAACCGCACGGAGCAGCUGGUGAACAGGUUGCUGCUGCUGCUGCCAUCUGCAGGGGAGCACCGUGGGCUGCACACCAGCCUGCAGAGGUUCGCCCACCAGCUGGGCAGCCGUGGGCUCACCAACAGCGCGGCCGGACUCUUCACCAUCGACAGGUCGCUGCUGACCAGCUGUGUGGCCGCCAUCACCACCUACCUCGUCAUCCUCGUCCAGUUUGGCCUCCCAGACGCUAGUAGACAAGCGAACGAUGUACGAAGCUGUUAA